CCCACGUUCCAAAAAAAGUUUUGUUGGUUGGAAACAUCGUUACAGAUAUAACAGAGAGCUUCUAUAUGAUAACUGAAGAUUAACUUGUUGAUUCUAUUCCUGACAGGAGAUUCAUGUGGCAACUUCAUCACCCGUUUUCUUCUUCCUAAGUUAAGGAGGUUUUCUAAAGAAAAGAGGUUUAUUUCUUUCAAGAUUUGAGAAUCACUUCAGCAGGGAAAUUAUGGAAGCAAAUGGUUCUUCUGUAAACAUAAAUAAACACCAUGAUUUAGUGAAACAGGUGAGAGAGAUCCUAGAACAAGUGGAACUUCCUGAGAAUUCUAUAGUCCAUGAACAAUGCGUUUACAGAGUGCCUCACAAAAUUCGCCAACCAAAUCAUCAAGCCUAUACUCCUCGUGUUGUUUCCAUUGGUCCCAUUCACACCCCUUUUAGACCUGGUGGUGACAUUAGGCUUGAACCAAUGGAAAACCUCAAACUGCAGUAUCUCAAGAGCUUCAUCACUAGGUCUCGGCUAAGUGUGGAGGAAUGUGUCAGUAAACUUAAAGAUUGGGAAAGGAUUAUUAGGUGCUGUUAUGCAGAGCCAGUUCAACAUAGUAGUGACGAUUUCUUAAGGAUGGUUCUAAUUGAUUCUUACUUCAUAAUUGAGCUUUUCCUUAGAUAUUAUUACUAUGAUAGAUGGGUAGAAAUUGACCCUUUGUUGUUACAACCGUGGUUGGCCAAUGAUGUUGCACUUGACUUGAUACUACUUGAAAAUCAGCUUCCUUUUUUUGUUCUAGAGGGCCUCUACAAGCUAGCAGUUCCUCAUCACGAGAUUCCUAACUUGCCCUCUUUUGUCAAUGUAACUUUCAACUAUUUUAAACCUCAUAACCAACAAAACAUAAGACCUGAAAAAGUACUUGGUGUGGUGCACUUCACUGAUCUCCUCAGGACUUUUAUGCUACCAUCAUCAUUUGAUCGUAGGAUUCGAGAAAGAAGAGUUGAUAUAGUUGAUCAUCUAUAUAGUGCAACCCGGUUAAGGGAGGCUGGUUUGGUUUUGGAGGUUAGUCCAAGUGCGUGCUUACUUGACCUGAAAUUUCAUAAGGGUGUGUUGACAAUGCCAUGCAUUAAGGUGCAUAGCUCAACUGAGAUAUUUAUCAGGAACAUAAUUGCAUUUGAGCAAUGCCACCUUCUGUGUUCACCUUACAUCACCGAGUACAUUAUGAUUCUAGAUUUUCUUAUCAACACAGGGAAAGAUGUGAACAUACUAGUUGAAAAGAAAAUCAUUGUUAAUUUGUUGGGUGAUGAUGAUGCAGUGGCUACAAUGGUUAACAAUCUCUGCUGCAAUGUUACCCUGCCAUACAUUAAAUCAGAUUAUCGCUGCUUGUGUGAUCAACUGAAUAGUUUCUAUGAAAAUCCUCGAAACAAGUACAAGGCAAUCUUUAUGCAUGACUACUUCAAUACACCUUGGAAGAUAGCAUCUACCAUUGCUGCAAUUGUGCUACUUUUGCUAACCUUCAUUCAGACUGUAUGUUCAAUCGUGGCACUCUUCAAAAGAGGGUGAGAUUUUUCUGUGUAAUAUCAGUAGUUAACUGCUAUUUUAGUUUGAUAAAUUCUGAGGAUUGAUCUGGGUACAUAAUCACACCAUAUCAUUAUGAAUUGACAACAAUAGUAA